UGCUCAAGACCAGCCCACUCGAAGCAGCCAGACAAACACCCACCAGCUGCCAGUGAAACAGGUCGCUCUGUAACAGGCGACUCUUAGUUGGCAUUUACACAAAAUCAGCGGAUUAUUUAGCAAGGAAGAGUGCUGCCAAGGAGGUACUGGACAACACACAUUUCCAUUCACGCAGCAUCUUGAGUUUACUCCAUUUCUGGAAUUAAUCCUUCAGUAAGCUGGCAGCUUCACUUCCCAGUGCUCAGCAGUGCUGAAGUAGCAGGUUGAAAACAAGGCACUCGGCUACAGCCAGAGAGAGUGGGACACGGCUGGCACAGUGACAGACUCUGCCAAGUAUGGGAACUGAGGAAGACUACAACUUUGUAUUUAAAGUUGUUCUGAUUGGUGAGUCUGGUGUUGGAAAAAGCAACCUUCUUUCACGCUUCACCAAAAAUGAGUUCAACCAUGACAGCAGAACCACCAUUGGUGUCGAGUUCAGCACCCGUACUGUUAUUGUGGAUGGGCUCACAGUCAAGGCACAGAUCUGGGACACAGCUGGACUGGAGAGAUACCGUGCUAUCACAUCUGCAUACUAUAGGGGUGCGGUUGGAGCUCUGCUAGUCUACGACAUUUCCAAACACCUUACUUAUGUGAGUGUUGAACGCUGGCUGAAGGAACUGUAUGAUCAUGCAGAUCCUCAUAUCGUAGUCAUGCUGGUGGGAAACAAGAGUGACUUGGCACAUGUGCGGGCUGUGCCCACGGAAGAGGCCCGGGACUUUGCAGGGAAAAAUGGAUUGCUUUUUAUAGAAACAUCUGCACUGGAGUCAACUAACGUAGAGACAGCAUUUCACAAUGUGCUUUCAGAAAUUUACAAGAAGGUUGCAAGCAAAAAAGUGACCAGAGGCUCCAUUAGUGCAGUCACACUUUCAAAUCCAAAUUUUGCAAAUGCAGAACAGGAAGAAGAAAAGAAGUCAUGCUGCGGACGCUUUUAAGAAAGUAUGAGUGGAAUGAGGAGACAUUUCUUCCUUCGCUGGAAUGAUACUUGGGAAGAGGGUGGUUGGGACUAUGAAUAGGGAAUGUUAUCUUGUAUGGGCUACUCUGACAUGGCCAGGCAUAUUUUGUAAAUGGCCAUAGAGGGUAAUGCAUUUGCCAGUGGAUUACCAGAAGGGAUGUUUUUUUACACAACAGGCAGAAAAUUCCCCAUGAAUGAUAUUUAAAGAAGUUUAGGUAAAGUCCUGAAAGCAGUCAACAUAAAAAAAGAAAGCACAGAGGCUAAUGAAGUGGCAAAGAGUAAUGGUAUUUUUUAUCCAAAGAUAUCUGAACUUCUAAAUGAAUUAGUGCGAUCUUGAGGUCUGAAAAGCAACAUAAAAUAUACUCAGAAAAAGAUUGUCUGCCCCUUUUAAGUAAGGCAAAAAGGAGAAUUCUGGUAUUCUGGUAUAGAGUCUGUGAUUGUUUUUCAAAGCAAACAUUUAAAUUUGAGCUAACUUGAACUUCACUUGAAGGCUAGGCAAUAAGUGUCCAAUUAAAUAAUAUUUAUUCAAAUUAUGAUUGCCAAACUGUGUUCAGUCUUCAAGCCAUCCUGUGAAAUCUUUGAAUAUCUCAGCUCAAGAGAACCACUAAAGCAACAUUUGCUGUAAGGCCUAUUUUAAUUGCCUUUAGUCCAUUAAUACUGAAUCAUAAAAUUAUUGUUCGCUGCAUGUAUAGUGUACAUUACAUUAUGGAUCUUACUUAACUGCACAUUUCUUUCAGUGCAAGUCACAAUAACAACAAUGAUCUCAUUUUCAAAGUGAUACUUUAUAACAUACAUAUUGUGAUUUAUAGUUUGGCAGAGUCUGUCAGAGUGCCACAAGAUAGAUAUUAGAACUCAAAUGUAAUAGUGCCAAAAAAUGUCCCAAAAAUAUACAAAUAAAGGUUGAAAAGGUUAUCAUAAAGAGUAAGCAUAGCAGAAAAUUAUUAAACACAAAACUAAGCAUUCCUAUCUUUAUAUGCCUUAUUCUAUAGCAAGAAAACUCAUAACUAGAUGGAGUCGUUUGUACAGUUCACAAGUUUUCCUGCUAUGAAUUUAUCACUUAUCUACAAACAAACUUCUCUCCCAGAAUCAGUUCUCAAGUUUUGACUCAAUAGUUCUUGUGGCAGAGAAGGAAAUUAAACUCUCAGGGGUCAAGAAUGUUCUACAAAAACAGAGGGCUGUGAAAGCCAGCAUGGCCUUUGGACCACAGCACCCUUUAUCCUACCUGUAUUUAGUAAGUCAAAUACCCGUCAUAUUUAUUUAGUCACCCACCUCAAUGAAGCAAAGUGAUAGCCUUGUCACAAUGGAGAAUCUUUCCCUUCCCUUAUAGCUCCUCUUGGAGAAUUCAUUUGGGCAGUAAUGCUUUUGCCUGUUAUGCAAUGGAUAAAUAGCACCUGUGCAACCUUCUUGGCAUUCACAGGAGUUCCCAAUUCACCACAUGCCAACAAAUGGCCCUUGUGAAGCCCUUCUACUUUUUCAUAUCUCCUUAUUUCCCCUUCUGAAGCUGGCAAAACCUUACCAGAUGGGAAACCUGCUGCAAUACACAAAAACUGCUAUCAGCUCUAAAUAAUUCUAUACUUCUUACUAGAGACACCAUAUUUCAUUCUUUUAAUUACCUUUACCCCAAUCCAGAGGAUUUAAAUUCAUUCAAAAUAUGAAAGCAAAAAUAUGUUCUGUACAAAUAUGUACAUUUUAUUUUAUUAAACCACUGCAAUGGAUAACUAUAUAUGAUAUACAUUACAGAACACAGCAAAUGAAUAAAUCCAUAUUUGAUAGAUAAACACAUUUUCAGUAUUUCUCAUCUUAAUGUAGUUUUCCACAGUGUCUCCAGAAAGUACAUAUGCCUUGUGGAUUUUUUCAGUUUUUGUUAAAUUAAAACCUCAAAUUAAUUAUGUAUGAUUAUGUGUCUUAACAUUUUCCUAUGAAGGCACUUUAAAAUGCCAUAGACAAGACAACUAAAAAAACAGGAAUAAAAAUGGUUGUAUGUUACUAAGUGUUCAAACCUUUUGUUAUAACACUCCAAAACAAAGUUGUGUAUAUGUUUUAUUUGUUUAUAAAAUCUGUUAUAAUCUAUAAUGUUCUGUAUCAAAAUUUUAAGAUCUGGGAAGAGUAUGUAAAACUGUGUAGAUUGUUGAUAAUUGGAAGAUGGUCAUGCAAAGACCACCUAGACCAUUUCCUGAGCAAUCUGCUUUGCCAAACAGAAAAACUAUGUUUCCAGAAACCCACUGAGCACAUUGAUGACAACAGGGGAGUUAAUAAAUAAGACGGCUGCAUAAUAAUUCUAAUUAUGAUAUGCUUACAGAAGAACUACAUUUCCAGCAUAUCACAAAUUUGAUUAUGUCCUCUGUGGGAGAGCAGCUAUUAUGUUCUAUGUCUUGCACAAACUGAACACAGCUCAUCACCUGCCUAACACCAUCAUUGCCAUGAAGCACACUCAUGACAAUAUUCCACAAUGCUACUUUAAUGACAAAACUGGAAUAUGGGUCAUACCCAAAUAGAUGUUUAAGGACAACUAUCUUUAGUCUGCUAAAAAUUGCCACAUUCCAGCAAGGUCAAACAACCCAAGCAUGUAGUCAAAGUAAGUGAGAAUUGGCUUCAGAAAAGAAUGUGAAAUAUGUAGAAUGGCUCACUUAAAAUGCAAACUGGA